UUUUUUUCUUCUCUGCUAGCAGGGGGGCGCCAUGGAUUCCCCCCCUGGUUCACCUGGCUUCGAUAUUUUUGAUUUCUAUAUGCGCUAUUCUGACAUAGUGGCUGGGAUAUGGGCCAAUGUGAAUGCCAGUGAUGAGCAGCUGAAGGCUGGAUAUUUUAAAGAGGAACUCUUAGAGCUUCAUGAUUUGGUGGAGGACGCAAAACUGCAUUCAAGGAUUUCAUUGAUGGAUGAAAUUUACAGGCUUAUGUUGCAAUUAGAUUUGAAGGCAGACUUCUCUGAAUUCUCACGUUUCUAUGAUUUUGUGUUCUUCUUAUGCCGAGAAAAUGGUCAAAAGAACAUUUCUGUGAGAAAGGCUGUUAUGGCAUGGAGGUUAAUUCUAGAUGGAAGGUUUCGAUUACUUCAUCAAUGGUGUGACUUUGUUGAGAAAAAACAGCGACAUAACAUAUCGCAGGAUACCUGGCGCCAAGUAUUGGCUUUCAGUCAUUGUGUACACGAAAAUCUUGAAGGAUAUGAUCCUCAAGGAGCAUGGCCUGUCUUGAUUGAUGAAUUCGCUGAGCACAUGUAUAGGAUCCGUGGAUCGAAUAGUUCUUCUACACAGUCAGCCUGCAACUGUGGCGAUUCAGAUGUCCAUAUAGCCGAUGAACAAGUUCUUCGCGGAUUGAAACUGUGUCCUGGCUUCAAGAGGAAGUCAUGCGACGACCUACUAAAAGAACAUGGAAACAAUGCCGGUCCAAACUUGUGGGAAGAGAACCUGGCGCUUGAUUUGGAUAUGGGGAAGUAUAACAACUUGUUGGGGCACUCGAAAUGUGCCGUGGAGGGGUCCCUCUCCAAGGGGUUCGCCGGGCUAUUGUCAAACGGACCUUGUUUGCAAUUUGAGAAGAAGAGCAGAGUGUCCUUCACAUGAGGGGAAGUUUUUUUAUGGGAUAGGACUCUUUGGAUAUUGCUUGUUCCACAUUGGAAGAAGCUCUAUGAUCUUGUUUGCCUUUAGGGAAAGUUUUGCUAGUGCAUUUUUUUCUUUUUGGUUUUUCGGUUUUUGGUUCGAUUGGUACAUUGCCCAUUCUUGGUAAUUAUGUAUGACACAAAUAAAUGGUAGAUAAAUGGGCUCCUCUUACGUGCUUUGUCCACAAUACUACUGUUAUUAAAAGAAAGUUGUGUGUUUUUU